ACUGUGAUGAAGUGCUAUACUUUUCUCUCUCUCCUGCUCACGGAGUGUGUGCUCUCUGCUCAGUCUGCCCAGUUUAGCCAGAAUGGCACAGAGGGGACUGACGUCAUCCUCCACUGUGAAAAUGAAGGGAGAGUGUCUUGGAGCAAACGCACUGUUGAUGGGAAAGUGGAACUCUAUAUUUUUCUGAAUAAGGAAAAUACCACCAUGUACAAACGUUAUCUGGAUGACCGCUACUCUGUGUUACCUGAUUCGUCACUCUUGAUAAAGAGUCUCUCCCUUUCAGACUCAGGGAUUUACCAGUGCAGUGGUUAUGCAGUGGUGAAUCUGACUGUGACUCCAUCAUCAGCCCGAUUCAGUCAGAGCCGCACAGAGGGGCGGAAUAUCAGACUGCACUGUGACGAGGACAGGGAAGUCUUCUGGACAAAACACACAGAUAACGAGAGAGAGUUCAUUUAUUUUGAUGAAGAAGAGCAAGCUGUCUUCAUAUGCAAACGUGGUCCAGACAGCCGAUAUAUUGUGUUGCCUGAUUCAUCACUCCUUAUAAAGAAUGCUUUAGUCUCAGACUCUGGAAUUUACCACUGUGAUGCUGAUCUACUCAUCAAUCUGACAGUCAUACCAUCAAAAGUUUUAAUAAAGUCCUUGAUGAACACCUACACAGCUAUAUCUGCAAUGAGAGAAGCCACAGCCAAUUGCACAGAGGGAAGUAACAUCAUCCUCCACUGUGAAAAUCAGGAGAAAGUGACUUGGAGUAAAUACAAUGAUGAAGGGAGAAUGGCCCUCUACAUUACUCAAAAUAAGGGUCGUAACUCCUUCAUAUGCAAACUCGAUGUACGCAACCACUUCAAGAUAUUACCUGAUUCUUCUCUCGCGAUAAGGAAUCUCUCUUUGUCAGACUCUGGGAUUUACUACUGUAAAGAUUCUCCAGUGGUGAAUUUGACUGUCACUCCAUUAAGUGCCCAAUUUGAUCAGAGUCGCACAGAAGGGACAAACUUCAUGAUCUACUGUUACAGUGUGCAAACUCCAUUUUGGACCAAACGCAUCAAUGAAGAGACACUAGACGUCCUGUUUACUCAAGAUAAAGAAAACACCAUCAUGUACAAACGUGAUCCAGACAAACGCUAUGUUAUAUUACCUGAUUCAUCACUUGUGAUAAGGAAUGCCUCUGUGUCAGACUCGGGGAUUUACUACUGUAGGCAUUCUCCAGUGGUCAAUCUGACUGUCUUCCCAUUAAAAGGUGGAGUGAGUGGGGUUGAGCGAGGGCUGAUGUUCGGUGGUGGUGGUUUGGCUGGUCUGGUCUUUCUCCUGGCUACAGUCGCUGCAGGCAGAGCGAUUGUCCAUCGAGCCUAGCAGGCAGGAAGAGACUCUGGUCUACUCAACUCUGAUUAGAAGAGACUGAACCGCUACACCUUCAUUGAUCAGACUAAGAAAAUAAUUUUAGGAGAUCAGAGAUUUUUCAGCAAAGCAUUUAUUAAUAUAAAGCACUGCUAUUAAUGCUUGAUUUUUUUUUUAAUACAGUAUAUCCAUUUAUUAUUUUUAUCUUAGAUGAUCAGACUGGCCCUUAUCUGUCUUACAAACUAUAUAUCCUAAGAAUCUCUGUAUAUUUCCAUUAAGGCUAAUAAAGGCUUUUUUUCCAAAGUUAA